CUGGACACCGGGUGUUGGAGGCAACCCUGAGGGGCCCCUUGCUGUUCCCGUCAUGGCAUCUGCUCUCCUCGUCCUCAUCCUCAGCUGCUGGCUGGCCGGGCAGAGCGAGGUGUCAGGUUGGGGAACUGACCUGCCUCACAUGACAACCAUGCCAGCUCCCAACUUUUCAAGCAGUGCAGAGCCAGGUACCAGUGCUGGGGGCAGGUAUUCGACAUCAACUCUCCCAGAAAGAGAGCUCAGCUACCCCAAACCCUCCAUCUCGCUGAGCCCCAGCGGGGGGGUCCCCCUGGGGGGAGCUGUGACUGUCUGGUGUAGGGGUUGGGGUUGGAACAUGAGGUUCCUUCUGUACAAAGAUGGGAACCUGACCACGCUGCAGGACGCGGAGCCUGCUGGGGACCUGGCUGAGUUUCUCAUUCGCAACGUGAGCUGGAGAGACGCAGGGAGCUACAGCUGCUAUUAUCACCACUAUUGGUACUCGUUCAUCUGGUCACAUCCCAGUGACCCCGUGGAGCUGGUGGUAGCAGAGCUCAGCUACCCCAAACCCUCCAUCUUGCUGAGCCCCAGUGGGGUGGUCCCCCUGGGGGGAGCCGUGACCGUCCAGUGUUGGGGUUGGCAUUGGCAUUGGCAUUGGUACCAGAACAUGAGGUUCCUUCUGUACAAAGAUGGAAACCCGAACAUGCUGCAGGACGUGGAGCCUCGUUGGGACCUAGCUGACUUUCUCAUUCGCAACGUGAGCUGGAGAGACGCAGGGAGCUAUGGCUGCUAUUAUUACAGCCAUUGGAACCCGCUCAUCUGGUCACAUCCCAGUGACCCCGUGGAGCUGGUGGUAGCAGGGGGAUCAGAACCAAGCGCAGCACCGGAUCUGACCCACAACAUCAUUGCCGGGGUGAGCGCAGCAGCCGUCGGCCUCCUCCUCCUGCUCCUCCUCCUGGCCUUCGUCUGCUACAGAAGAACCCGAGGAAGGAAAGGACCAGCCCCGAGACAGAGCAGGGAGUCCGAGGCUGCAGCCACAGUCUAUGCCCUCGUGGGUGAACAGAAGCAGCUGGAUGUCCUGUCCCAGGAGCCCGACCCCAGCACUGACGGACUCACCUACGCUGAGCUGGACCGCCAGGUGCUGCAGGCCAAGCGGGGGGGCCCAGCCCCUGGCCCCGAGCCUGUCCUGUACGCUACCAUCAACGUGAGCAGGGGGCCCGAUGGGCAGAGCCCCCGGGGUGCAGGGGCGCCCCAGCUCCCUGCGCCCGGACCCUCCAUCUCCGUCAGCCCCAGCGGGGUGAUCACCCCGGGGCGAGUCAUCACCAUCCGCUGUCAGUGUCGGUGCGAGGCCAGGAGGUUAUUUCUGUAUAAAGGUGGAAUCAAAAUCCAGGAGCUGGAUACUGCUGGGGACGGGGGUGAAUUCACCAUCCCCAGCGCCAGAUGGGAAGACAGAGGGGCCUACAGCUGCCGGUCUCGCUCCAGAUCAGAGCCGCCCAACUGGUUGUAUCCGAGUAACAUUGUGUGGAUCUUUGUAACAGAGCUCCCUGCGCCUAUACCCUCCAUCUCCGUCAGCCCCAGCGGGGUGUUCGCCCCGGGGGGAGCCGUCACCAUCCGCUGUCAGUGUCGAUGCGGGGGCAGGAGGUUAUUUCUGUAUAAAGAUGGAAUCGAAAUCCGGGAGCUGGAUUCUGCUGGGGACGGGGGUGAAUUCACCAUCCCCAACGCCAGGCGGGAAGACAGAGGGUACUACAUGUGCCGAUCUCACUCCAGAUCGGAGCCGCCGAAUUGGUGGUAUCCCAGUGACAUCGUGCGCAUCAUUGUAGCAGAGCUCAGCUACGCCAAACCCUCCAUCUCCCUGAGCCCCAGCGGGGGGGUCCCCCUGGGGGGAGCUGUGACUAUCCGGUGUUGGGGUUGGUACCAGAACAUGAGGUUCCUUCUGUACAAAGAUGGGAACCCGAACACGCUGGAGGACGUGGAGCUGGCUGGGGGCCUGGCUGAGUUUCUCAUUCGCAACAUGAGCUGGAGACACGCAGGGAACUACAGCUGCUAUUAUUACCACCAUUCGUACCCAGCCACCUGGUCACAUCCCAGCGACCCCGUGGAGCUGGUGCCCCAGGAGCCCGACCCCGGCACCGAGGGACUCACCUACGCCGAGCUGGACCGCCAGGCGCUGCAGGUCAAGCGGGGGGGCCCAGCCCCUGCCCCUGAGACUGCCCUGUACACCACCAUCAAC